AUGGAGCGCGCUAAUGAUAUGGAUCUCUGUCAGCGCCAAUGCGAUCAUCAUCAUUGGGAAUGUGCAUUUAACACAGGCCUUAUGGAUUGGCUGGAGAAUGUUUUUGAAGAAUAUGGACGAGUUGUGCAUCCACCAUUGGUGCUAAUCCUUUGUAUAUCCGGCUCACUAGGACAUCUUGUCUCGAUCGCCACUCUCUCAUCAAUGAUGAACCCCACAAACGCUUUCCUCAUCAGCAUGUCAUGGUUACACACUUGCUGA